AUGAAGGCGAACGGUCAAAAGGUAAAGGAAACAAAAGUGGAGGAGAUGGAGGUGGAGGAGGAGCUGCCCGAAUCCCGGCGGGCAUUUAGGAAUCUCUUCAACUGCUUCUAUGCCUUGGGCAUGCAGGCUCCGGAUGGCAGUCUUCCCACGCGGAGCACCACCUGGAGGCGCAUCUAUCGGGGAUUCGCGGUGAUCAUGUACGUGUGGCAGUUGCUGCUGGUGCCCACCUGCUUUGUGAUCAGCUAUCGGUACAUGGGCGGCAUGCAAAUCACCCAGGUGCUGACCUCCGCCCAGGUGGCCAUCAAUGCAGUCAUCCUGCCCGCCAAGAUUGUGGCCCUGGCCUGGAAUUUGCCCCUGUUGCGGAGGGCGGAGCGCCACCUGGCCGCCUUGGAUGCCAGGUGCCGGGAUGAGGAGGAGUUCCAGCUGAUCCUGGAUGCGGUGAGGUUCUGCAAUCGACUGGUCUGGUUCUACCAGAUCUGCUACGCCAUCUACUCCUCCUCCACCUUCGUUUGCGCCUUCCUGCUGGGUCAACCGCCAUACGCCCUGUACCUGCCCGGCCUGGAUUGGCAGCGCUCCCAGCUGCAGUUCUGCAUCCAGGCCUGGAUCGAAUUCCUCAUCAUGAACUGGACGUGCCUGCACCAGGCCAGCGACGACGUCUAUGCCGUGAUCUAUCUGUAUGUGGUGCGGACGCAGGUGCAAUUGCUGGCCAGGCGGGUGCAAAAGUUGGGCAGGGAUGCCGCCAAGGGUCAGGAUGAGAUAUGUCCCGACGAACACCGGCAGGCGAAGCACUGUGCCGAGCUGCAGCGGUGCAUUGUGGACCACCAGACGAUGCUGCAGCUGCUCGGCUGCAUCAGUCCGGUCAUCUCGAGGACCAUUUUCGUCCAGUUUCUGAUCACCGCCGCCAUCAUGGGCACCACCAUGAUCAACAUCUUCAUCUUCGCGAAUACGAACACCAAGAUCGCAUCGAUCAUAUACCUGAUGGCCGUGACCCUGCAGACGGCGCCGUGCUGCUACCAGGCCACCUCGCUGAUGCUGGACAACGAGAAGCUGGCCCUGGCUAUAUUCCAGUGCCAGUGGCUGGGCCAGAGCCCCCAGUUCCGCAAGAUGCUCCUCUACUACCUCCAUCGCGCCCAGCAGCCCAUCACUCUCAUGGCCAUGAAACUGUUUCCCAUCAAUCUGGCCACCUACUUCAGUAUCGCUAAAUUCUCCUUUUCGCUCUACACACUUAUCAAGGGGAUGAAUCUCGACGAGCGAUUUACCAAGACAAAUUGA